GAAAUUUUUAUUUGGGUUCUAUAGAAAUUUACAAAACGGAGACCGGAAAAUGGCUCGUGGACAGAUUUUGUCGGGAACGGAGGUUGCCAGAGAAAUUCGGGAAUCAUUACGAGAGCAGGUGUCUCGUAUGAAGGAACAAGUACCAGGAUUUUGUCCAGGAUUGGCUAUUGUGCAAGUCGGUGGAAGGGAAGAUUCCAAUGUUUAUAUUCGGAUGAAAAUUAAGGCGGCAACAGAAAUUGGUAUGAAAGCAGAGCAUGUCCAAUUACCAAGAAGUACCACUCAAUAUGCACUUUUGGCUAAAUUGGCUCGUCUCAAUGCAGAUCCAAAUGUUCAUGGUAUUAUUGUUCAGAUGCCCUUAGAUUCAGAAAAUCCUAUUGACUCUCAUCUUGUUACUGACGCUGUUUCUCCUAGCAAAGAUGUAGAUGGGUUGAACACAGUCAACGAAGGACGUGUCGCAGUAGGCGAUAUGGGCGGCUUUUUACCCUGUACCCCCAACGGUUGUAUGGAGUUGAUUAGACGCAGUGGCGUCCAAAUUAAAGGUGCCAAUGCCGUUGUCUUAGGUCGUAGUAAAAUUGUCGGUACCCCUGUCAGCGAGCUUUUGAAAUGGGCUGACGCCACUGUCACCGUCUGCCAUUCGAAAACUGCAAAUUUACCUGAACAGACUAAAAAAGCAGAUAUUUUAGUCGUCGGUAUUGGACGUCCUGAGUUGGUCAAAGGAAGUUGGAUCAAAGAAGGAGCUGUUGUUAUUGAUUGUGGAAUUAACGCAAUACCAGAUUCUACCAAGAAGUGCGGCCAGCGCCUGGUCGGCGACGUUGCCUACGACGAGGCUCGUCUGGUUGCCUCUCACAUAACGCCGGUGCCUGGUGGGGUCGGCCCGAUGACCGUGGCUAUGUUGAUGCAAAACACGGUGCAGUCAGCACGAAGACACGUAGACCGGCUAGUCGACAUGGCUUGGGCAUUCAAACCGCUGACGCUCGCCCUCAAGACGCCCGUACCCAGUGACAUAGAAAUUGCAAGAUCGCAAGAUCCCAAGAACAUUUCUGACCUAGCUGAAGAAGUUGGUCUUAUCACAGAUGAAGUGUCUCAGUAUGGAAGUAAAAAGGCGAAAAUAUCUCUUAACGUUUUAAAUCGCCUUAAAGAAUCUCCAAAAGGAAGUUAUGUAGUCGUCGCAGGCAUAACGCCUACUCCUCUGGGAGAAGGUAAAAGUACAACUUUGAUUGGAUUAGUACAAGCUCUUACGGCUCAUCGCAAAAAGAAUGCAUUUGCCUGUUUGAGGCAACCUUCUCAAGGGCCAACAUUUGGAAUCAAAGGAGGAGCAGCCGGAGGUGGAUAUUCCCAAGUGAUUCCAAUGGAAGAUUUCAAUUUGCAUUUAACAGGUGAUAUUCAUGCAGUAACAGUUGCAAAUAAUUUAUUAGCAGCUCAAUUGGAUACAAGGAUUUUCCACGAAUUAACACAAACGGAUCAAGCUCUUUAUGACCGUCUAGUUCCUAAGAUUAAAGGCGUGAGGAAAUUCUCUGCAAUUCAACUCCGGCGUUUAAAAAGAUUAAAUAUAGAUAAAACUGACCCUGAUUCAUUGACUGAAGAAGAAAGAACCAGAUUUGCUAGGCUAGAUAUAGAUCCUAACAAGGUUGUAUGGACCAGAGUGAUGGAUUUGAACGAUCGCUACCUGCGUAAAAUUACUGUAGGGCAAUCACCUACAGAAAAGGGCUUUACCCGCGAAACUAGUUUUGCAAUUUCUGUUGCCAGUGAAAUAAUGGCAAUUUUAGCUUUAGCCACAAGUUUGGAAGAUAUGAAGCAACGUCUUGCCAAAAUGGUCGUUGCUUUUGAUAAGAAGGGAAAUCCAGUCACCGCUGAUGAUUUGGGAGUUACUGGAGCAAUGCUGGUGCUGCUGAAGGACGCAAUGGAACCAACUCUGAUGCAAACUUUAGAAGGAACUCCUGUUCUGGUUCAUGCUGGACCUUUUGCGAAUAUUGCACAUGGAUGUUCAUCUAUUGUCGCAGAUUCUAUAGCCUUAAAAUUGGUUGGAAAGGAUGGUUUUGUAGUCACUGAAGCCGGUUUUGGAUCCGAUAUAGGUACAUCAAAAUUCAUCAACAUCAAAUGUCGUGCCUCCGGUGAACGUCCAGCGGCCGUAGUUCUGGUUGCCACAAUUCGAGCCCUUAAAAUGCACGGAGGAGGCCCUGCUGUAACUCCUGGUGCUCCACUUAAACCAGAAUACACACAGGAAAACUUGGAAUUACUCGAAAAGGGUUUGCCAAACUUGUACAAACACAUCAGUAACGGAGUAAAGCACGGUCUGCCAGUAGUUGUUGCUAUUAACACUCACAGUAAUGAUACCGCCAAAGAGGUAGCUUUGGUAAAAGAAGCAGCUUUAAAGAAUGGAGCCUUCCGUGCAGUUGUAUGCGAUCAUUGGGCCCGAGGUGGUUUAGGAGCCCUAGAACUGGCUGAUGCUGUAAUAGACGCCAGCAAACAACCCGACAAUUUUAAACUUUUGUACGAUCUCGAUUUGUCUAUCGAGAAAAAAUUGAACAUCAUCGCUGGCGAGAUGUAUGGAGCUGGAGAAGUUGAAUUAUCGCCAAAGGUCAAGGAAAUUGUACAAAAAUAUGAAUCUCAAGGUUACGGAAUAUUACCUCUUUGCAUGGCUAAGACAUCAAACUCCCUAACUGGAGAUCCAGCAAUUAAAGGAGCUCCUACUGGUUUUAAAUUAGUGAUAAACGAUAUGUUCUUAUCCGCCGGAGCUGGUUUCAUUGUUCCCUUGGUGGGCGAAAUUAGCAAAAUGCCUGGACUUCCCACAAGACCAAGUAUUUAUGAUAUUGAUUUAAAUACAGAAACUGGUGAAAUAGAGGGUUUGUUUUAA